CGUUAGUUUGCGGCGCGGCGGCCAUAAGUCGAUGUAUCUUCCUGGACUACUAACCUAAGCACAGUUAGCGUGAAUUUUACCGGACCUCAGGACAUAUUUAACGUUGAAGACCUAGAUAAAUCCAAAUUUGAAUCACCAAAGCACAUUUCUKYAGUUUUAUUUUGGCAUUAGCAGAAUAUGGUUGACGAUAAAACGACGGCUAAAGAUUUGGAGCAAUGGAUAGAACAGCUUAUGGAAUGCAAACAACUCACAGAGGCACAAGUAAAAACUCUUUGCGAAAAGGCCAAGGAGAUCCUCAGCAAAGAAUCCAACGUCCAAGAUGUCAAGUGUCCAGUCACAGUAUGCGGAGAUGUCCAUGGACAGUUUCAUGACUUAAUGGAGCUCUUUAGAAUAGGAGGGAAGUCGCCAGAUACAAAUUACCUUUUUAUGGGAGAUUACGUAGAUAGAGGAUACUACUCAGUGGAAACAGUCACUCUCCUUGUUACAUUAAAGGUUCGCUAUCCUCACCGAAUUACAAUUCUGCGAGGUAACCAUGAAAGCCGACAGAUUACUCAAGUUUAUGGUUUCUAUGAUGAAUGUUUACGAAAAUAUGGAAACGCUAGUGUAUGGAAGUAUUUUACGGAUCUAUUUGACUAUCUACCUCUAACUGCACUUGUCGACAACCAAAUAUUUUGUCUCCAUGGUGGCCUUUCUCCAUCAAUCGAUACAUUGGAUCAUAUAAGAGCAUUGGACAGAAUACAAGAGGUUCCACAUGAGGGUCCUAUGUGUGAUCUGCUGUGGAGUGACCCUGAUGACCGUGGUGGCUGGGGAAUAUCACCUAGAGGUGCUGGAUACACCUUUGGACAAGACAUAUCAGAAACAUUUAAUCAUACUAAUGGAUUGACCUUGAUUGCAAGAGCACAUCAACUUGUUAUGGAGGGUUAUAACUGGUGUCAUGAUAGAAAUGUAGUGACUAUAUUCAGUGCGCCAAACUACUGCUAUCGCUGUGGUAACCAGGCAGCCAUCAUGGAACUGGAUGACUCUCUCAAAUACUCCUUCCUUCAGUUCGACCCCGCCCCAAGAAGAGGAGAGCCACACGUCACACGACGCACCCCAGAUUAUUUCUUGUAGAAGUGAAGUAUUUUAGAACAGUUGACGCAAUACCUAAUCAUUAGUUAUCUGGGCUAUAAAUGAUCGAUACUAGUCCAUAUCUUACAAAAAGCCGGUCUAUAUAUGGAACCAUAUAUUAUGAAGAGAGCUACACUAUUAUGGAAGAAUKGGGGAUMUKUAAAGUCAUUAGAAUGCAAAGAACUUAUGRAAAUACUACAUGUGAAAUAUCUGUUAUUUUARUUAUAAACAAAUGAUUUCGAACAAUGGKUUGACGUCAAGGUUUUUGGGAAAACCUGUUGUUUGUUGCCCAAAAGCUUCAACUUCAAUCCAUUGUUCAAAAUCAUUUGCUAAUAUGUGYAAAUAACAGUUAUUAACUCUUUUAGGAAGUGUAAAUUUGGUUUAAUACCAAUUGUAUUUGUAUUGAAGUAAAUUCAUUGUAUCUGUGAAAUGCUUUGUAACAAGUGUUGCUUUAAAUUGUAAGAAUCGUUCAAUAAAGCACAAAUGAUAUAUAGUA